AUGGACAACAAAAGAAAGCAUAAGGAGAUCCAGUUCACAAAGCUGAUGAAAGUGGACAGUUACAAUGGACCACGUUUUUUGACCCUGAAGCGAACGGACCAGGACGAGACAAUGAAAACGGUAUCCCCGUUUUUCAUUAGGAAGGCAAUGAACAACAUAACCCUGAAUGUUACUAUUGUUAGGACGAAAGAUGGCGGCCUCUUACUCAAGACCGUUGACCGACAACAGGCAGAGAAACUGAAGAAGCAAAACGUUUUUGGAGGAAUCAUCAAUAUCGAAAUCACCGAACAACCUACUUUGAACAGUUCUCGCGGAACCAUAUUUUGCCCUGAUCUAAAAAUGCACACUGAUGAGGAGAUCCUUGAUGAGCUGAGCUCCCAACACGUGACUGACGUGAAAAGGGUUCAUCGUCGCAACAAAAAAGGUGAUUUCGAAGAUUCCGGAGUGUUCAUUUUAACGUUCGACCUUGGACAUCUACCAAACUCGAUCGACGCCGGCUUCCAUUGCUGCAAAAUCAAGCAGUACAUACCUCCACCACUACGGUGUAUGAACUGUUUAAAAUUCGGCCAUAAGAGGUCAGUUUGCAAAGGCAAUCAAAUAUGUGCCAGUUGUGCCAACCUCUACCAUGACAAGACCCAGUGUCAACAAGGGUUGAAAUGCGUCGUAUGUCGUGGAGAUCAUCACACUUUGUCAAAGGACUGCCCUGUCUACAAAGAUAAAUUAGAGAUUCAACGCAUCAAGGUCACCGAGAAGAUAACGUAUCGCGAAGCCAGACAAAAGAGAAGACUACAAGCACCCGACCCUAAUCCUCCCAGGCUGAGGCAACCGUUCUCUAGUCUAUUCAAAUCCCAGCACAAUGAAGCAGAUCAACAAAAGAACAAUGAAAUGACCAAUCGUUCCAACGAAGAUCACAUCGCUUCAACAGAACCAACCCACACGGAUGCUCGUUCGUUCGGUGGAACAUCCCAAAGCGCAGAGUUCAUCAUCAUAAAACAACAAUCCGUCGCUACGGAAGGAGUCCGAGGAAGUAUUGGGGGUGCGGAGUCCGCAUCAACUCUCGUGCCCUGCAUCUCCGGAGCGUAA